AAAGCCGCUUGUGUAGUUAAUUUUUCCCAUCCAAAAAUAGACUUAUAGUUAUGUCGAAGAAUUACAUAAAUGCGCUUUUGAAGCCUUUUCGUGAGAGUAAAGUCGUAGAGAGCUUGUUAAAAUUGUUCGAUUCGGGGGUGGAAAAGACGCCCAGUGCGGUCGGGAGUGUCGUUAGUAAGGUUCCGGCGAGCAGGGCUGGUGCUGCGCAGUACAGCACUGGAGUGCGGAAGGUUACUUUGAUCCCUGGACAUGGAAUCGGGCCGGAAAUUACCGUGGCGGUGCAGAAAAUAUUCGAAGCAGCCAAAGUUCCUAUCGAGUGGGAUGAAGUCGAUGUGACAGCUGUUAGGGGUCCAGAUGGCAAAUUCGGCAUUCCUCAAAGGGCGAUUGACUCUGUCAAUGAAAACAAAAUUGGGCUGAAGGGUCCAUUGAUGACUCCAGUUGGUAAAGGCUACCGAUCCUUGAACCUGGCUCUCCGUAAAGAGUUUGACCUGUAUGCUAAUGUCAGGCCUUGCAAGAGUUUAGAUGGUAUCAAAACCCUCUACGACAAUGUGGACGUGGUCACCAUCCGCGAGAACACAGAGGGCGAGUACUCUGGCAUCGAGCACGAGAUCGUGGAUGGUGUGGUGCAAUCCAUCAAACUAAUCACGGAGGAGGCCAGCAAGCGUGUCGCUGAGUUCGCGUUCCAGUUCGCGAGGGAUAAUAAGAGGAAGAAGGUCACUGCUGUCCACAAGGCUAAUAUUAUGCGUAUGUCCGACGGUCUGUUCCUGCGUUGUUGCCGCGAUCUGGCCACCAAGUACCCGGACAUUAGAUUCGAGGAACGCUACUUGGACACAGUCUGCCUUAACAUGGUGCAAGAUCCAUCUAAGUUUGAUGUCCUUGUGAUGCCCAACCUCUACGGUGACAUUAUGUCCGAUAUGUGCUCAGGGCUCGUCGGUGGGCUCGGGCUCACGCCAUCUGGUAACAUCGGCAAGAAUGGCGCGCUCUUUGAGUCUGUCCACGGUACAGCUCCCGACAUAGCUGGCAAGGACAUGGCCAACCCGACAGCUCUACUGCUCUCCGCUAUUAUGAUGUUGCGGCAUUUACAAUUCAACGAACACGCUGAUAAAGUACAGAACGCCUGCUACGAAGUAUUGAGGGAAGGAAAGACACUCACCGGAGAUCUCGGAGGCACUGCUAAGUGCAGCGAAUACACAAAUGCCAUUAUUUCAAAAUUGUAAAUAAUUUUGUUUGUAUUAUACCGUGUUACAGUGAAAUGUUACUUAUACAUAAUAUGUGAAAAGAUAGUCCUAUUCAGAAAUUAUUGAUGAUAGCAAUCAAAUUUCCAAAGACCAUUAUUAAUUUUAAGUCGAUAUUACAACCGAGUUGUUGUCUCAUGUUACCUAUUUAUUCCCAAUUCAACAAAUUCACGAUUUAGUGUAGAUUUUGUUAAUAAAAAAAAUACUUAAAAUUUUAAA